AUAAUAUUUUAAUGUUUUCUAUUUUCUAAUUUUUUAAAACUCAAUUAUUAAAAAACUGUUUUUAAAAAAUUUGGCAAAAUAAUUUUUAGGUUACUAAGCAAAUGAGUUGUCUUGAUCUUAGUCCCGUCGUCCUACUAUAUUGAUAUUCCCCAAAACUCUACAUUUAUCAUACUCUCCAACAUCAAAAAGAUUAGACCAUAUUUUAUCAACAUUUUUCUGUCAAAAUCUUAACUAUAUACCUCUCAUCUCCGAAUACCCAAACACACCAUGAUAACCACUUUGACAGAAACUUCCAACUUGACAAGCCUCUUCCUCACUCUUUCAGCAAUAAUCAUCACACUCCUAAUUUGGUACAUAAAAUUAUCCAAGAAACUCAACCAGUACUCAUCACCAUUGCCACCCGGUCCACGAGGUUUCCCAGUAGUGGGCAGCCUUCUAACCCUCAAACCAGAUCUCCACUCCUAUUUCAAAAGCCUCGCACACACCUAUGGUCCAAUCCUAAAGCUCCGCCUAGGCAGCAAGCUCAAGAUCAUCAUCACCUCACCUACCUUGGCCCACCAAGUGCUCAAAGAAAAUGACAUUGUUUUCGCCAACCGGGACGUCCUCAGCAUAACCCGAAGUUCUGUCUACGGCAUCACCAACAUUGUGUGGACACCGUAUGGCCCUGAAUGGCGGAUGUUGAGAAAAGUCUGCGUCUUAAAGAUGCUAAGCAAUGCCUCGUUGGACUCCGUUUGCUCCGUUCGCCGCCGUGUGGUUCGACAAGGCGUGAACCAGCUGUAUAAUCGGGUUGUUCUUGAUCAGUCGCCUGUUGAAGUGGGGGAGCAUGUUUUCUUUACCAUACUUAACUUGAUAAUGAACAUGCUUUGGGGUGGUACGGUUGAUGUUGAGGAAGGGGCCAGUGUGGGAGCCGAGAUUAGGGAGAUUAUCAAUGGAAUUUCUGAGCUUAUGUCCAAACCCAAUGUCUCUGACUUCUUUCCAGUUCUGGCCUGGUUUGAUUUGCAGGGGAUAUCUAAGAAGAAUCGUCAGUUGAUUCAAAGUUUUGAUAGGAUUGUUAAUAGAAUGAUUAGUACAAGGAUGAAGAUUGAGGAAAAUGGUGGGAAUGGAAACAAUGAUUUCUUGCAGUUUCUGUUGAGAUUGAAAGAUGAAGAAGAUUCCAAAACUCCCUUAACUUUAACACAUGUCAAAUCUCUACUCUUGGAUAUGGUAGCUGGGGGAACUGAUACAUCAACCAAUACAAUUGAGUUUGCCAUGGCAGAGAUCAUAAACGCACCAGACGUAAUGAAGAAAGCCCAGAAAGAGUUAGAAGACGUAAUUGGAAAAGACAACAUAGUUGAGGAAUCCCACAUUUCCAAAUUACCAUACUUACAAGCUGUGAUGAAAGAAACACUACGCUUACACCCAUCUUUGCCACUUUUAGCGCCACAUUCCCCAAGUGAAACAUGUGUUGUGGGAGGAUACACUGUUCCCAAAGGAUGUGGCGUUAUCAUCAAUGUAUGGGCUAUUCAUAGAGAUCCUUUUAACUGGGAAGAUCCAUUGAAGUUUGAUCCUGAGAGAUUCUUAAAGGACAGUCCUAAGUGGGACUUCACUGGGAGUGACUUCAAGUAUUUCCCAUUUGGAUCUGGUAGAAGAAAUUGUGCAGGAAUAGCUAUGGCAGAGAGGAUGGUUAUGUAUUCUUUGGCUACCCUCUUGCAUUCUUUUGAUUGGAAAAUUCCUCAUGGUCAACAAUUGGAUCUUUCUGAGAAAUUUGGUCUUGUCAUGAAGAUGAAGAUACCUCUCGUUGCUAUUCCUACACCAAGAUUAUCUGAUCCUUCCCUUUAUGAGUAGACCUAUCUCUCUCAUAUAUGUUAUGUGUGCAUUUCUUCAAUGUGCAACUACUACACAAUUGCUUUUUACGAGUAUUGUUUGUUUUUUUCCUAUGUAUUAGAGAACCUUCAAUAGAGUUAUUGAAAAAAAUAUGGUGUAUUGCCAUAUUUUAACUACAACUCUAAUGGUCUACUAAAAUUUGUCUUAAAUUUGACAUAUUGUAACACUCUACUAAUUUGAACGUAUUAUCGUGAUUUUGUAUUAACUACGUAGUUCGUUGCUAAUUAACAUAUUUAUUGAAAAUUGUGAUUA